AUGUCGUUGUUUCCGUGCUUGAAGGUGAAGAAUGAGAAGUGGAAACUCUUCUCCUGGGUUGUGGUCAUUGGAUUGUAUGCCUUUCCAACCCUCUUCUACGCGAUGAGGAUAUUUGAAGUUUGGCGCACCAACGCUCCCCUGUUGCAGACCUCGCAGAGCGACGACUGGGGUCACGUCCCGGAGCUCUGGUUCUGCAGCGUGGAGCCUUUGAACAUUGAGACCUGCGUGCUCCAAUCCUUCCGGACGGUGGAUGGAUCUGAACCGAAUGGUUCGAAGGGUGAGAGCCUUUGCCAGAUCAUUUCACCUCCAAAAAAGCAUGAACAACAAAAGAUCCAACUAGGCACAGGCAAGGGAUUCGGGGAUAAGCUUGAUGAGCCAAAAGGGCAAUUUGAUAUAUUGCCUCCUCAGUUCAAAGAUCAGUUCAAAGACUCCUACUGUCAAGCCAUCAAUGCCACAGCCUUGAAGCCAAGCUCACCCUCACGUCUAUUUCUUGGCGGAGACGCCAGCAAGAGCUUUGGCCUUUACUAUGUGAUGCGUGACCAUUGCGGAGACACUUGCCACCAUCCCAUUUUUCUCACACGCGCUUUCCCGGGCAUCGCAGGGCUUUUGCUCACAAAAGUACGAAAGGGGUCGAUGCAGUUGUCAGCGGAUCCGUAUGCCAAUGCGACUAACCGAUCUUUCGUCGAUGCUUUGAAAGCAUUCUUUUCUCCCCAGCUUUAUGAUGCCUUCAGCACCCAGCUGCUGUUUGUCAAUGGCAAGGUCAUUCCCCCGCAGGAUGGUGAGAUGUAUUGGAGCCAAGUCUUUCCGAAGGUGCCCACGCCCUCGGCAUGGGAGCUGAUUGUUCGGCUCCAUCCGCAUGUGAAGGAGGAAGUUCAGGUCGGACGGCUGGCGCAGUGCAUCAUUUUCCUCGCACGGCUGGGUGGGUAUUUGUCAAUCGUGAGCGGAUUGCUGGCCUUCUGCUGGGUGCAACGCUACAAGGUAGACAAGCAAACUCAUCUUGCUCAGACUUUGGAGGAACUCUUGAACGAGGAGACCUUUGUGCUUGACACCUUGUCUCCGCAGCACAACGACCACUUCGAACCCCUCACGGGCGACCUCGUCAGCAUCCAGUUGAAGAAGAAAUUGGAAGCAGAGAGUCCUUGUCUGGCGAGCACGGCCAUCCGAAAUGACGUUUCUUCCUCCGGUGAAGAUGGCGAGUCAGAUUUGGAGAGUUCGCACGAGGCGGAGUCAGCUUGGUGGCGUUGGUGUAGAGCACAACGGGAAGACACAGCGGGAUCGCUGGCCAUGGGCCCAAAAUAA